ACUCGAAAGGAUCGUGAAAAUACCAGAAAUAAAGGUUUUUUGUUUUUGAUAAAUCAACAUCGUGCAUGGCAGAUUGCACUGAUUUACAUCCGAUUUCGUUCAUAUAACUGUUGGGUUAUUGAAUUAUAUCGGUAUAAUCGAUUUCCGGUUAAGUUCGAGAAGUCCUGCUGAAGGUAGGGUGAUAGCGCAAGGAGAAAAUGGCGGCUGCAGCUGAAUUUGUCGAAGCAGAUAAUGCAGAAGCCAUAAUCACCAGAAUUGAGCACAAAUCUCGGAAGAUCGAGAGCUUACUUAAACAGUCUAGGCCAGUGGAAGCUCUAAAAACUGCUCUUGAAGGUUCGCCUCCGAAUACCCGAGAUGAGCGCUGCAAGUCAGCAAAUUGGAUUGCGGUGCAUAGGGCUCUUAUGGCUAUAAAGGAUGUAGAUGGGAUGUUUUCUUCGUUGGAUCCAGAGUACUAUGAUAUUCUAAUGAAGUACUUGUACAGAGGAUUGUCAACUGGUGAUCGUCCCACAUGUGAUCAGUGUCUUAGGAUACAUGAAAAAUUGACAGAAAGGGCUGGCUUGGGCUGCAUUCUUCGUUCCCUUGCAGAUACUAUCAAUACAGUUUGAUUUUGCUGAAACCCUUCCCCUCUUUAGCUGAUGUCGAAAAUAUUAUUAUUUUCUCUUGGACAUAUCAUGCUACUGGUGAAAGAUACUCGAUUCUAUCUGAUUUCGACUUGCAUAAAUUGCUUUCCA